AUGUCACUUGGGUUGUUCGGGUUGGGUGGGGGGGGGAGCGGCUCGAAGUCCCGCGCUGGCAGUCCUGCGGCGUCGAAGGCGGAGCGAGCUGUCAACAGCAAUGCCGUGUUCAAAAGGCGCAUGUCACAGUACGCCCAAGGAGCAAUUACAGCAGGCGACCUCGUUCGGUCCCUUGAGCGGGACGUGGUAGUAUUGAUUCCCGGUUGCGAUUUGGAGGAUGCCGUCGCGGCAGCUCUCGAGGCCACGCCGGAUAAGCGCAAGCGGAACCUCCUCUCCAAGGCUAGCGGAGGAAGAGCUAUCGGGCCCGGUGGUGCCACUCGGCGUUUGGGGGCAUCGCGUGGUGGGAGGUCAGACGUUACCGUAGAAGGUGGGCGAGGACAGCAGUAUAUCAUGAGCCAAGGUGGUGAGAGGAUAAGCAGCGGGAAGAGCUCAAUUUUCAACGGGGUGGAGGUGGGAAAGGAGAGCACACCCUUGAAGAUCAAGGUUACGACGCGGUCUAACGUGGCCUUGGUCGCGGCGGAAGUGUCCAACUUGGAGCAGAUCCGUGCACGAAACGGGGCCGGGGCUUUCUCGAAGCAUUUCGUGGGGUUCGAGGAGAACAUCGACAACUACAACGGCCGGGGAGACUUUGCAAUGGUGAUGCGGGCGGGGAGCACCGACCUUCGCAAGCUGGCGGAAGUCAACGGGGGGGGGCUGUCCCAAAACAAGCUGAGGAAGUACGGCGCAGCCAUGGCCAGCGCUAUGCGAUGUGUUCACAAGGCCGGCCUGGUGUGGACCGACCUCAAGGUGGACAACUUUGUUUUGUGCGAGCGAGAUGAGGCGAAGGCGAUAGACUUGGAGGGUGCCGUGCCAGCGCGUUCAGGGCCCAAGAGCUAUACUCCUGCUACAAUGCCCCCAGACUUUGUCAUCGCAUCCCGGGGUGGGUUUGCGGGUGUGACAGUUGAUCGUAGUUUCGACGUUUGGAGCCUGGGUAUGGCUGUACUGCACUUGUACACGGGACGGAGCUACUUUCAGGGUAGCAGUGACCCCCAGACUAUUGCCGCGGUCGGACAGCCGCAGUUUACCGUGGAUCUGUCGGGGGUGACGGACGGCCGUACGAGAGGACUGCUGGAGGGCCUGCUCAACCCAGAUCCCAAGAAACGACUACAGUAUUUCGACUCUGUUAGCUGUCGCCUGGCUCUGUUGUGAUUUGUAUGCGUGCAUCGCCCCCCCCUGGGACCCCUGUCACUUGUUCUUCGUCUUGUUGGGGACAAACAGGGGAGGAGCACUUGAUAGAAGUAGACAAAAAGCUCAGGGCAUGAAUUCCUUGAGACUACAUUAGCAAGACGUACGGGCAAGUGCAAGCUUGGUGAUGGCCGGAACUAUGGCGUGUUUCGUGUUGGCACGCACGAGGAGUGUUUCCCCGCCGGUUACAUGGGCGUUUUGACGGGAAACCUCCAACAACAUCGACUCCCUUUUCUUCGGGUGAAAAUCACCCUGCGAUAGAGUCUACUUUUUGUCAUGUCGAAGGCUGGUGUAGAUUUGGCGGCCGCGGUUCAACACUCUUGACGAGGAGCAGCGUGGGUCGGCUCCUUGGAGAGGUGAAGAUUAGAGCAAAGGACGUUACAAGGGUUAGGGUUCAUCCACCAGCCGACUCGGGCAAAAAAAAGUCAAUCGCUACAGUAUUGACUGAGUCUCAACGUGAAGGGAUGCAGCGCGAGACAAGUAAAUAUAGCAUGUUUUGAGCAACUAGCCUCUUUUUGCUUUAGAUUCAAGAGCAAAUCCCUUGCGCCAGCCGAUUAAGAGUACGCUUAGCCGCAUCAAAUCAAUUCGUCGAUUCGACGGGCCGGC